AUGUCCAAGAUUGCUGUCUUAGAUGGUUAUCUUUUACUGGGAAAAUCUUCAUGCAUUGGAGAAGACAGAAACCAGUCUGGAGUGAUUCAAAUAGGGAAUUGUAGGAGGAUUGCCAAAAAGAAAAGUGGAAUCUACCAGGUUCUGAAAGAUUUCGUCGACAGAGUGGAGAAGCUUCGCGAUGAGACAGGCAAGAUCAAUGAUUUAUACCAGGAACUGAACAAAUGGUCCUUUGAAACAAUUUGCUUGGUGUUGUAUGAUAAAAGAUUUGGUCUUCUGGAACAAAAUGUCAUUGAAGAAUCUUUGAACUUCAUUCAGGCAGUUAAAAUUAUGAUGAAUACAUUUGGUAAAAUGAUGGUGACUCCAGUUGGGCUCCAUAAGUGUUUAAACACGAAGACAUGGAAGGACCACACGGAAGCUUGGGAUAAUAUAUUCAAAACAGCAAAGUGCCACAUUGAUGGAAGAUUGAACAGACAUUCAGCCUGUCCAGCCAAUGACUUCCUCUCAGAAAUCUACAAUGGCAGUGAACUAUCGAGAAAAGAAUUGUAUGCAGCUGUCACAGAGCUCCAGAUUGGAGGAGUAGAAACGACAGCCAACAGUUUACUUUGGGCUAUCUUCAAUCUCUCUCGCAAUCCCAAGGCACAAGAAGAGCUUCACAAAGAAAUAUUGUCCGUGCUGUGUAAAGACCAGGUCCCAACUGCAGAAGAUAUUAAGAAAAUGCCUUACCUAAAGGCUUGUCUAAAGGAAUCUAUGAGGAUUACACCUUCUGUGCCCUUCACGAGUCGCACCCUGGACGAAGAAACUGUUCUUGGUGACUAUUUGCUACCUAAGGGAACCAUUUUAAUGAUAAACAGUCAUGCAUUGGGGUGCAAUGAAGAAUAUUUUGAUGAUGGAAUGCAGUUUAAACCUGAACGAUGGCUACAGGAAAGGCAUACAAUCAAUCCAUUUGCACAUGUGCCAUUUGGUGUUGGGAAAAGGAUGUGUAUAGGUCGGCGGCUGGCUGAGCUACAGUUGCAGUUGGCCCUCUGUUGGUUGGUGCCAAGGUACAAAAUAUUGGCAACUGAUGAAGAUCCUGUGGAAACAUUGCAUUCUGGGACACUGGUGCCUAAUCGUGAAAUCCCAGUAGCGUUCCACAGACGUUGAGGAGCACUGUGAUUCUUCGAGAGCACAGCCCAACCUACACUCUUGUUAAGCUCAGCAUUUUAUAAUCAGUGAAAAAAGGCAUUGCAAGGCCAGAAGAAUGUUAUGGGAAUGGAAGGAUUACAACACAUUCACUGACCUACAAAGGUUUACAACAUUUUCAAUCUAAGGCUGCUCUGAUAAGAAUUGAGUAAUGCAGCAAGUUACACUGUUAGACGUUUUUGCUUGGCAGUAGCCCUUGCUGGUGAAGUAAAAACUCUAAUAUCCAACAUUUGAUGCUUAAUAUACCGUCUAAAGUUAAGACAUAAAUUAUGGUUGGUCUUAAUGCUACCUUCUCAAAAGAUGUAAGCAACCAGAAGGAACUCUGAUAUUCUGAAAAUGUCUGACUGUUCCAAUUUAACUCUUACAUGUAACUAAAGUGAGAAACAUUUGUAUGUCCAGAAACUAGGCAUUUGUUUGGAUACUACUGACAGCUAAAGGCAAACAACUAUCCACUAUGAGCAUUGC